AUGGGUAGCGUCGACGCCUCGCUGUCCGAUGUCAUUUCCUCCUAUUCAGUCCCUGCAGAAUCAAAGAGGCUGUUGACCGAAGCCUUGCUGAAGAAUCCAAAGAUUGCCAAAGACAUUCCCGAGGAAGCCCGCGAAUUCGACUCGCGCAUCGCAUUCGAAGGCAGCGACCUCCCCUCGAUCCCCAUCAAUUGGCGUUUCGGCGAGUCUGCAGCAAGCCUCAAGGCCUUUGAAGCAUGCAUCGUUUACGCGCUCGUUAAGCGCAAAUACAAUGUCGAACUCACCGGGGCAGAAAUCAACACCGACCACGCCCAGCUGUUCUUCAUGUCGACACUGAUCUGGGAGAUCAACCCGGACACGGACCAUACCAUCACCAUGUCCAAGAACGCAGAGAAGCUGCACGAAUUGAUCCCCAACUACGACUUCCAUAACAUGGCAUCGAGUCUGUACAAGCUCUGCGUGACCAACAUCUACCAGACGAAAGAUGGUCGCUAUUUUCACCUUCACGGCAGCAUGAAUCCAAAGCCAUCGCUCGACAGCGUCGGUCUACCCGAAGACCGUCCCGAGCUCAAGACCUGGGAGGAAGCGAUGCAGCCGUUCAUCGAGAAGAUGGCGACCAUCGACUCAGCCGAGAUGCAGCAUCUCGCGUCCGAUGUCUACAAGCAAGCCGGCGUGAUAGCCGAGACUGUCGACUCCUUCCGAGCUAGUGAACAUGGCAAAGCGAAUGCCGAUGUAGGGCUCUUCGAAAUCCACCCGGCCCCAAAUCCUGCGCAGAAGCCUUCUUGGUGGCCAUCCAGCCCCCAGACUUCGGCAGCCAGGCCCCUCGCGGGGCUCAAGGUGGUUGAUCUGACAAGGGUCAUUGCCGCUCCAGCCGUGACUAGAGGUCUUGCCGAGCUAGGUGCAAGCAUCAUGCGCGUCACCUCGCCCAAUCUUGUAGAUUUCAGUUCGCUGCACCUUGACCUCAGCUGGGGCAAAUGGCAAUGCAGUCUCGAUCUGAAGACCGAAGAGGGAAAAGAGAAGCUGCGAAACCUCAUCAAAGAGGCAGAUGUCGUGGUCCAAGGCUAUCGACCGGGUGUGCUUGACAAGUAUGGCUUUGGCCAACAGGGUAUCAUCGAUUUGGUGAAAGACCGGGAGCGUGGCAUCAUCUCGGUUCGGGAAAACUGCUAUGGCUGGAAUGGACCUUGGUACUAUCGCUCGGGAUGGCAGCAGAUUAGCGAUGCCUGUGUCGGCAUAUCCGCGGGCUUUGGCAAAGCCAUGGGCUUGGCCGACGGCGAGCCUGUGACUCCUGUCUUCCCCAACAGCGACUAUAUGACAGGCAUUGCCGGAGUGACUGGAAUUCUGUGCGCUUUGAUGAGGCGAGCAGACGAAGGCGGCAGUUUCAAGGUGGAUAUCGCACUGAAUUAUUACAAUCAGUGGCUGGCAAAUUCGGUGGGAGAGUAUCCCGAGGAGAUCUGGCAGGAUGUCUGGAAGAGAAACGGCAAACAAGUCUUCAGGUGUUACCACAACAUGAACUACCUGAUACCUCGGUAUAUGGCGAUGAUCACGAAGAACGGCAGCAUCUUCCAGCCCUCAUUCUUUGAAGAUCGGCAGGCCAAAGCUAUCGGCGCCGUCGUGCGCACAAUCAAACCAAUCAUCAAGUUCGACAACGAUCAGGUCCGCCCCGGUUAUAAUGUGGGGACCAGAGGCAACGGCAAAGACGCACCACGGUGGCCGGAUGAUUUAAUGACUGAGGUUGUGCAGUGA